AUGGACGAACAACGAGAGCAUUUCUUGAGGAAGUUCAGAGAGAUGGAUGUUGACAAAAGCGGUGUUCUAACUAAGGAUGAAGUAAAGACUUGUCUUCUAGCCUCGGGAUUUGACAAAAAAUUCAUCAAGCAAUUCAUACGGAAAUUUGAUGCUGAUGGCGACGGAAACAUCACAGAAGACGAGUACCUCCGUGUCGUGUGCAUUUUGCCCAAGAAAGAACAAAAGCUUGCUUUCUGGAGAAGUGUUUUUGACGACAUCGACAAAGACAAGUCUGGGAGAAUCUCGUGCCAGGAGCUGCAUCACCUUCUGAAGGACAUGGGAUUUCCAGUGAAGGUCUCCGAACUCAAGGACUGGAUACGCGGUCAGGACAAGAACAAUGACGGCGAAAUGGACUUCCAGGAGUUCGUCGCGUUUAUGUCGAAUGCAGAGGGCUAG